AUGUGGGCAAUAAAAAAGCUAAAUUUUGAUCUGACGAAUGCGGGAGAAGUCUGGAAGCUGCAGUUGCACGAGUUGGUCGAAUGGCGCAUGAAUGCCUAUGAAAAUGCCAAACUCUAUAAAGAACGAACCAAGAAAUGGCAUGACGAUCGCAUAAGCAAGAGGACGUUCUUCGUGGGAAAGUUGAAGUCCCGCUGGUCUGGGCCAUUCCGAAUCAAGACUAUCUUACCUCAUGGCCAAGUGGAGUUAACAAACGAGGAUGGAAACAAUGUAUUCAAAGUCAAUGGUCAAAGAAUUAAACCCUACUAUGGGGGCAAUGUGGAAUGA